AUGGCAAGGGCUGAUGAUUACAAUUCUCUAGGGGCAAUAGGUGAACUACUGAGAAAAAAUAGUGACAUGAAGACAUUAAAAGAUAUUGGGAGUGAAGGGGCAAACAAAACUGAAAAACUUCUGAGGCUAAAGGAAUUAGAAUCCUCUAGUCAUGUAUGUCUUCUAAGAAGGAUAAAUAAUUUUGAUUGCUAUUUCUUUGAAAAUGAAAUCUUUUUGUUACUUGGUGAUUUUAUGAAUGCAAUGAGGACCAGUCAUCUUAGGUUGGCUGCAUUGGAGCAGGAGAAAGCUGAUGAAAAUGUCCAAAAGCUUGUGGAUAAACAAACGAGAGAAACAAAAACUAUUCUAGACGACUUUUUGAGGUUAAACACACAGUUGGAGAUGAAGCAGAAAGUUGAAUUGGAAAUAAAGCACCUGAGUGGGAAACUGCAAGUGAUGGAGCUCAAGCUAGUGUACUGCUCAGUUUCAGUGAGUGUUUUUGUUUACGAGAACUCAUGUUUGGUCCAAUUGCAGUCUCUGCAAAGUUUGCCUGGAACCGCAAGCUGCCGGACACACAUAGGCGUCAAGAAACUUGGUGAGCUUGACCCCAGUGUGUUUCUAAGCCUGUGCAAGCGGAAAUUUCCAGCAGCAGACGCGGAAGCUGAAAGUGCUAGUCUUUGUUCAAAGUGGCAGAAUGAAAUUGAAAAUCCAGAAUGGCAGCCUUUCAAGGUUAUUAUUGUUGAUGGAAAAGCAUCGGAAGUACUCAAGGAGGAUGACAGGAAGCUCCGAGAACUAAAGGAGCUGGGUAAAGAACCCUAUGCUGCCGUAACAAAGGCGCUGCUGGAGCUGAAGGACAGCAAUGGCAGCAGGAAGGAUCCAUUCACUGAGCUGUGGAACUAUGACGAGUGUCGGAAAGCAAAUAUGGUGGAAGGAGUUCGGUUUGCUUUGAAGCUUUGUAACGACUAUUACCUUGUAUGUUGCAACUCUGAACCAAGCGUGUCCCUAACACUAUGUAUGACAAAUGAUAGUUUUUUCCCACUUUUACUAGAAAUCCUGAAGAUGAGACAGCUUGGUCAACAAAACACACAAAGAGUUGUUGAGGAGAACCGGAAGCUACGAUAUGAUAUCCAGGACAUGGUGGAUGCACUUGAUGCAAGAAACAAACAAAUUAAGGAGUCGGAACAUGACAAAAAGAAUCUUGAGCAGGAGAAGCUAAUAAGGUGGGCAAUUGCUUUCAUCUGA